AUGGCCAUCGCGGGCAUGCUCGCGACGCGCGCCGGCGGCGUCGCCGUCCCUCGCGUCGGCGCGACGAACAAGGCGCGUCGACCGCGCGCGCCGUCUCUCUUCGAAAAGCGAAUCGAAUCCAUCUCCUCUCGUCGCGACGCGUCGUCCGUCGCGCAUCGCGCGGGGCCCUCCGAGCCCGCGGCGCGCGCGGCGGCCGCCGCGCGCUUCGAUUCGACCGCGCGCGCCGGAUCCUCGCGCCGCGCCCUCGCCGUCGUCGCCGCCGCCGCCGCCGCGUCCGUCCCCUCCCCCACGCCGCCCGCCCCGAAGGAAGAGGUGGGCGUCUACGGCGGCCCCGCGCGACUCAAGGAGGGCCUGCGGCGACAGACGAUGCUCAUCUACGUCGCGGACGUGACGGGGAUGAUCAACCGCGUCGCCGGCGUCUUCGCCAGGCGCGGGUACAACAUCGAAUCCCUCGCCGUCGGGCUCAACAUCGACAAGGCCAUCUUCACCGUCGUCGUCAUCGCGUCAAACGACGACGCGACGAAGCUCAUCAAGCAGAUCAACAAGCUCGCGAAGGUGAGAAAGGUGGAGAACGUCACGGACAAGCAGUGCGUGGAACGAGGACUGAUGCUCGUCAAGGUUGCGUGCACGCCGGAGCAACGGGCGGAGGUGAUCGAGAUGGGGAAGAUCUUCCGCGCGUCCGUCGUGGACGUCUCGAACUCGUCGCUGACGAUGACCACGACGGGGGACCCGGGGAAGAACCGCGCGUUCCAGCAGGCGUGCUUGAAGUUUGGGAUUUUGCAAGUCGCGAGAACGGGUAAGCUCGCGUUGAAGCGAGAGCCGGUGUUCUCCGAGACGCGCCGCCGCCGCGUCAAGCUCAUGGCGGCGAUGAAGGAAGCGAAAGCCGCGGUGCAAGGCCUCGGCUUGGACGCGGACAAGGAGUACGAGAACGCGCUCGCGUCGCGGAUCGUGAGGGUGGUGUCGAACGUGAACAAUCUCGGGGACACGUACGCGGCGAUGGAGGGUGAAGACGGCGUCGGCGUCUGGGACGUCCCCGUGUUGUCGUCCGACUUCGCGGGCGGCGCAGGCUCGCAGCAGGACAACAACAUCGAUAAGGAGUACCCGGACGACAUCCCGAAGAUGGACCCGAACGCGAAGUACACGCCGCACACGAUAAGCAUCGUGGUCAUGAAUAAGCCGGGCGUGUUGGACGUCGUCACCGGCGUGUUCGCGCGUCGCGGGUACAACGUGCAGUCUCUGGGCGUCGGACCGGAGAAGACGUUCGACGUCUCGCGGAUAUCGACCGUCGUCCCGGGGACGUACGACGACGUCACGAAGCUUCUGAAGCAAAUCCUGAAGGUGCCGUACGUUAUAUCCGCGGAGGAUAUCACGAAGACGCCGUACGUGGAGCGCGAGUUGAUGUUGAUCAAAGUCGUGUGCCCGCGAAGCGGCCGCGGCGAACUCGUCGACCUGUGCGACAUCUUCCGCUGCAAAGUCGCGGACGUCUCCGAGGACACGGUGACGAUCGAGGUCAGCGGGAAGGUGUCGAAGAUCACCGCGAUGCAGUCGCUUCUGGAGCCGUACGGGAUCUUAGAGGUGGCGAGGAGCGGCCGCGUGGCGUUGCCGCGCGACAGCGGCGUGGACUCGAAGCUUCUCGCCGCCAUCGAGGACGAGGGCGACCUCGAGUUCGCGUGA